UAUGACAUUUUUGAGGUAUGGACAACAUGCUGAUGUCAAAUGGAAAUGGAAUAAUGGAACAGAAUUCACUGAAUAUAGUUUUCAAAUUAAUGAACAGAUUGAAACUGCCUAUUUAGCCUAUCUAAGAGACAACAAAAAAAAUGAACUUUUUUUAAAGUUUCCUUACAAUGAUAAACCUAGAACUCAUAUUAUUGAUUUGAAUAAAGGCGAAAUCACAGAUCUUACUAGUAAUAAAAUUCAAAAGAUUCAAUAAAAAGAUGGAUAUUAUUACAUCGGCUAGGAGCAAGCUGACGAUAGUUUGAAUUUAUAUAUUGAAAUGAAAUCAAAGAAAAAAUAAAUAUUUACAAUAUUAUUGGAAAAUUAUAAAAUCUGUUUUACAAGCAAAGAUGGCUUUUAUAAAAUUAAUUUAGACACUAAUACAAAAAUAGAACUACAAAGAGAUACUGAAAAGUAUUCAUUUAUUAAAUAUUUACGCAAUUUGAUAAAUAAUAAGUUGAAUGCAAAAGCUCCUCAGCUGAUUUAAGAAGAUAAUCAAGUUUAUUGCAGUGCACUAACAUUUCUUAGUUUAAAUGAAUAAAAUGAAAAAGGUAAGACAGCAUAGAAUAUACAAAAUGCUAUCUGGAAAAUUUUAGAAAAAUAUGAAAUUACUUUUGAACUUAAACUACCUAUGGUUAAUGAUUUGAUCCUCUUAAGCUUUAUAAACUACCUUUAGAAGAUCACUCUAUCAAUGGAUGGAGUACUAAUUCAAAAUAACACUUUAUCUCUCAAAUGCUUUGAAAAUGGUUUAAAAUUAAUUCAAGAAGCAGUAGAACAUUUUAAUUAGGUUCCAUAAUCUUGGGAUACUUGCAGCUACAUCUGUAUAUAUUUUAUUGAUGAUGUAUAAUUUGAUGAAGAAGUUCAAUAAUCUUUUCCAUUUUUGAAUAUUAAAGAAAUCUAAUUGAUUGAAAAUUAUGAUUUUUGGGCAAAAUAUUUAUCUAAAAAAAAAUCUUUGGAAGGUUGGGAUGAAUAAUUGUUACUUUUUGGAAGUUAAAAUGUUUGUCCUUAAGAAAUAUUUGGAAAAGUAAAUAAUUCUCUCCCUUUUGAUUAUGUAACAAAUAAUUGUUAUUUUUUAGCAAAAAGGACCUUAUUUAAAAUGUGGUAAUACUAUGGACUAUGUAAAAGAUAACUACUGUGUAUUCUCAGAAGGAGAAAAACAGAUAUUCGUGCUUUAAGUUUUGCUUGGAGAACCUUAAGAUUUGAAUUAAUAGUUUAUAAUAAGUGAUUAUGCUCUCAAUAAUUAUAAAGAAGGUGAAAUCUAUUAUGUAAAAAGAGAUAGGGUUUACUCAAAAUUUCUGAUAACCUUAAAAGAAUGA